AAACGAAACGUGCUCGGAAAAGAAAAUGGCGGGUGCUGGAGCAGAAUAUUUGGCUUCGAUUUUUGGUACAGAAAAGGACAAGUAUGUGAUUUAUAAGGAUUACUUUGCCAAAUUUUGAAUCAUCAGUACUUCGAUUGUUAAGUUAUAGAAUUUUAUUUUGAAUUAUGCUUUCUAGUUGUAUAAAUUUAUAUAAUAGCAUCACCACUCGCUACUGACUUACUCUUCAACUCUUGCAGUCUUGCUGACAAAUGACAAUGUAGUAUCAUAGUUUUAAUACACAGCAGUAGGAGUAUUGUAUGUAUAUAUGAAUACUGUUUUAAAAUAUCUAUAAAUAUGUCUAGAAAGAUAAAUUUGGGGUAGAUCUGAAGAUCUCUGAGUAUUAAACAUUGCGAGCAAUAUAAAGAAAAAAGGUGUUUGAAAUAUCUAGUUUAUAUCGGUUUAUAUUUCAUGUUUUCAUAAAAAACAGUACUGCUCCUAUCAAUCCCAUACCGAAAUACCAAAAACCUAUAUCAAAAUAAAAAUACUGAUAAUGUUGAUAUUUGAUAUUUUGGCGUUUUGUUACCCCUAGUAGUUUACCCAGUUUCAGUGGUGUAUUAAACUUAACCCUGAAUGGAAAGUUUGGAAAUUGUGUGUCCGAGAUUAUGAAAAUUUAAUAGUAAAUACAUUGGGACAUCAAAACUGCGCAGCCAAGAUCUCGGCUGUGCGUUGCAAACUUUCCAGACUGGAACUUAACUAUUAGGCCGAUGGAAUUAAGGUAUCAGUUUACCGUCACCUAAAAUUUCUCAAAUUUUGAGUUAAAAAUUCAAAUUUCGACCGAAAAAAUCCAAGAAAAUUUUGACGAUUCUUGAACUUUUUGCCAGCUUCCGAGCUGUCAGUUAUGUCUUUGACUCUGUUUAGCCGUGGCUUUGCCAACUGUAUAAAUAAAGUCAGUAUUUGCCCAAAUAUACAACAGAAAGCCAUUUUUGAAACACUUGCUGUACAAAUCACUACACUUUGAAAAUGUCAAAGAAGCGGGAGGUUUAUAUUUUAUAUUUAUACAAUUUAUAUGUCCAUUGUCAAUAAAUAAAAAAUAAUUCCUAACAUUUAAUAUUUCUGUGUGAUUUCCGAAGUGAAGUGUCACAAACCGAAAUAAGCAUAUUUAAUUACAUUACACAUUUCUGUCAUCUCCAAUGUAUGUCCACGAACAAUGAUUGAACUGAACCCUAGAACUGAAUGCUUUCCUUUAAAAUGCAAUGAAAUUUCUUUCAAGGUUCUGUUUGUUUGAAAUUGGCAGUUUAAAAUGGCACUAAAAACCACAGAAUAAAAAAUUAAUGUGGCGCUCGGGUGUGCAUAUAAGAGUCUACUUUGUUUAUUAUUAUGACAAGGUUCAGUUAGCAAGAUUCUUAAUGGAAAUUUAUUACAAUGUUUACUAAAGUAUGAAUAUUUCACAAAUUACAUGCAAAAACAAUAAAAAAUCUACAUAAUUUCAAACACUGGUAAUUUUAAUAGUUUUGUUUGUGGAAACACCACGUAAAUUUAUUACUGCAAAGCUUUCGAUCCGUAAGCCCGGAUCUUCAUCAGUGCUUCUUCAUCUUCUCAUAUUAUUAGCACUGAUGAAGAUCCGGGCUUAUGGUUCAAAAGCUUUGCAGUAAUAAGUUUACGUGGUGUUUCCACAAACAAAACUAUUAUAUAUUUUUUAUCACCAUGCAAACAUACAAAGAACUUAUUACUGGUAAUUUUACUAUGUUCUCCCAAAGUUUUAACUUCAAAAGUUUAUUCUAAGGAUGUUAAGAAUAAUAAGAAAGCGAAUUCUUUUCGGGUUUUUUGACAACAUUUUGUCAAAACUAUGCAGGGGUCACCUACCUUGUGGUGAUGUCAUAUUUUUAAAAUCUUGAAGUGUCAAUUGGCUGUUGUGCAUGGCGUUUCAUAAUGGAAUCGCUUUUUUAACAUCCUUAGAAUGAACUUUUGAAGUUAAAACAUUCAGAGAACGUAGUACCGGUACAAUACAAAUGAAAAAAAUGUUAUUACAGUUAACACCACAAACAAGGUUUACAAAGUGUAGGAUUCAAGCAUGCUGAGAAUAAAAUUGUUAGUUUAAUAUAAUGUUAGAACAUAUGAAUAAAUAAUUUGAAAUUUUAAAGUUUCUUUUGGAACGUUCAAUGUCUGAUGCGAUGGAAAUGGGAGUUUUCUUCCACAUACAGUACAACUGCCUCGCACACAAAAGACUUGUGCAUGAAGGUGGGUGAAGGCAAUCUUCUUCAGCAACCAGGUCAUGACAGUAGAAGGCUGGAAGUGUUUUUUUUCACAGCAAUCUGAUCUACCAAGGUUGUUAAAAAAUGCUGUGUUUCCCCGCUGCAACCUUCAAAUGCGCUGAAUACCCAGGGCCUUGCAAUUUGCCCCCAGUUAAAGGGGCCCUAAAAUUUGUAAAAGAGGAUCCACAAAAGCUGAAUUAAAAAAAAUUUAUUUGGAACGUUUUUUAUAUAAAUAAUGGUAUGAGAAAAAGAUUUUAAGACCUUAAUUUUACUGGUAUAUUACCCGUGUUUUUGCAGGUAUUUGUCUGGAAAAAUGUUUUUGAACCGUAAUUUAAGUGGUGUUUGUCCAUAAAAACUUUUGAACCUUUUCUUUUUCUGCCUUCUUGAGGGGGAGGGUUAAAGUCUAUUUAGACUGGCAAUAGUAAAAUGUACUAGGAUGUCCAAAUGGAGAGGUAGGUUAACUUCCAAUUUCCUCUGUGGGGCAGGCCUGGAUGUUUUCUGAAAUGACCCAAUCCAAUCGAAUUAUCAGAUGUGAAACUUGUCUCAUACCGGUAGUGGAUUUAUAUCAGGCACAUUUUCUGUCCAAUUUUCUGUCAUCAAACGCCCAUUUACACUACGCUCAAUUUUUGGUAUGGCACGGAGAAAAUUGGUACCCGUACCACUUUUUUGGUUCUUGGACUACCUAUUUAGCUAAGCCCCGUUUACACUACGCUCAAUUUUUGGUACCGUACCACUUUUUGGUUCUUGGACCACCUAAAUAGGUAGUCCAAGAACCAAAAAAGUGGUACGGGUACCAAUUUUAUCUGUGCCGUACCAAAAAUUAAGCGUAGUGUAAACGGGGCUUAUGUCUAUUGCAAAAAUGUGGCUAAAUUGAUUCUGGUUUUAGGGUCAACUGCUCAUUUUACUUCAAGAUAGGAGCAUGUCGUCACGGUGACAGAUGUUCCCGUAUACACAACAAGCCAACAUUUAGUCAGGUAUUCAUUUAAUUGAUUGUAUAAUAUAGGGCCUUACCUUACAAAAAUAUCCUGUACUGUAGUUCUGGUUUUCCAACAGAGUCACAAAUUGUUUCUGUCAUGCAGUUGUCUGCUUACCUGCCGAGCUUGGGUGGUUUCCGCAGGCUUCUUGCUUCAUAACACAAUGUAUUGCCAAAGUAUAGCAUUGUUGUAAUAGUUAUUUAUGAACAUUGGUUUAUACACAGGGGGCCCCACUAUGAGUUAUGAUUGAAAUAAUAUUGUAUUUAUUUUUAAAAACCUACUUGAAUCCCUUGAUAAUCGAUUAUUUCUUCUCUCGAAAUUCUGUAAACAUUUUAAACUGCUUGAAUCAUUAUACUAUCACUCUACAUGAAGUAUAGGUGAUCGCUGACAAGUAAGAACGUGGGCGCGGAAAGACGAAGGCGGCAAAAUUAAAGAAGGAAGAUCUUCCUUCUUUCGCCGCCUUCGUUUUUUCGCGCCCGCGGUCCUUACUUGUCAGCGAUCAUCUAUACUUCAUGAAACGUCAUGUAGAGUGAUAGUAUAAUGACUCCAAGCAGUUUAAAAUGUUUACAGAAUUUCGAGAGAAGAAAUAAUCGAUUAUCAACGGAUUCAAGUAGGUUUUUAAAAAUAAAUACAAUAUUAUUUCAAUCAUAACUCAUAGUGGGGCUCCCUGUGGUUUAUAUUGAGAUGUUUAUGUGUUGUAGCAAUGCAAGGAAAAACCCUUAAAAACCUGAAACUAGAACCACAGGGUAUUUUAGUUGGGCUUAAUUUAAAGCAAUCCUUUCUAACACAAAUUAAGGUGAGCACCAAUUAAUUUGCUCAUAUGAAAGGUAGUGAUGCUUGAAUUCUGCCUGUUCCGAAUUGUAACGUGUUCCCUAUUGUGUACUUUUGUGAUGAAAGGAUGUGUAAAAGGUAGAGAUUCAAUAUGGUUGAAAUUCGCUCAAAAUAUUCACAAAAUGUGCAACGAAAUGGCCACCAUUUUGUCAGUGUUUCCAUUUUGCUAAAUCGAAAGGUUCUGUGAAAUCUCUUAAAAUCUCUAUGAAAAGAAUUUGUGAACCGAUUUUUAUCUCUAUUUUGUAUAUACUGUACACCCUGUCUGGAAAGCUAGGAUUGUACUGUUUAUGGAACUAAAUACAUGUGUUUUGUGUGCUAAUCUGUUUUGGCCUGCCAAAAUUUGUCAGCUGGGAAAGACAUUAAUUCCAAGAUUGUGUCUGCUGAACAGGGCUUUUAAUAGAUUCCAGCUAUACGAACGAAAUCCAAUACCAUACUGCCAUAACUGGAAAGAGUAUCUUAAAAUUGAGUAAAAUUGCAAAGUUUGGUUGCGAAUUGUUGUAAAAUGAGGAAAAUAUAGCCCUGUGAAGUUCGCAAAUCUUGUAUAUAUAUUUGCAUUACGCGCGGGAAAAAUAAGCGCGCGUAAUACAUAGGGAUGAGCCGAUAAGGAAAAUUGCCGAUUACUGAGGCCGAUUAUUUAUAAGCCGAUUAUUGUAACUAAUCGGCUGAUUAAUCGGUACCCACCGAUUAUUUUAAAAAGCAAGCGAAAAAUCACAAGACGACCAACAAUGAAGUUGUAAAUGCGGUUUUAUUGGGGUUUUUUUAUUUACUGAUAUUGAUUUACAAUUAAAAACAGCUUCAUUCUUUUAUAGUCAAUAGUCAAAGUUUAGUUUUGGCAGAUUAUGGUGUAAAAACAAGGCACUGUCAGCUACGCGGAGCUAGUCUGCUGCGUUUUUUUAGUGGAAAUGUUCCCAGCUUCACUUGCUUGAGACAAAAGACACAGGUUUUGCAACAAAAUGUGAAAAUCUAUUCGCUUGUAUUCAGUAUUUUAGCAUGUGAUUGGCAGCUGCAGAAAAAGUCUUAUGGCCGAUUAUUUGCCAAUUAUCAGGCAAUAAUCGGCCGAUUACCGAUUAUCUAAAAAACGGCCGAUUAAUCGGCUUUGCCGAUUAUUUACCGAUUAAUCGGCUCAUCCCUAGUAAUACAAAUAUAUACAAAAUUUGCGAACUUCACAAGGCUAUAUUUUCUUCAUUUUACAAGAUGUCGCAACCAAACUUUGCAGCUUUACUCAUUCUAAGAUGCUCUUUCUAGCUGUGGUGUUGGAUUUCGUCCUUCUUGCCUAAAUCAAAAUUUAGUCUAUAACUGGAAUCACCCAUUAAUGGAACCUUUACAUUUUCCUUUAAAUUUUCUUUUAGACUGUUCUUCUACAGAACUUGUAUCAAAGCCCUCAAAGUGCAGCUCAAGUAACAGAUGGUUCAGGUACUAGAAAUUAGGGUUUACUUGUAGGGGGCCAUUUUUGCACUGCAGCGAAGCUGGCACAACACUACACACUCGCGGUGGAUUAGCAUGCAAAUCAGGCGUUUUGGGUGAGCUGGCUGAAUAAACACCUGCAGCCAUCCCAUUGAUAAAAAAAUGUGUUUGGAUUAGGCUACUGUAAUUAACACUGCUUAUUUACUUCUGGUAAUCACUGAUCGCAUUAUUGUUGAAUUUCGUAUUGUGUGCCAAAAUGUCAACACCUCAAAUACUUCGAAACUUCUUUCUCCCAACCUUUAGCAAAGUUCUAAUGUUCUGUGAUUACUUUUGAGAUUAGAUUUGUUGGCACUUGAGAGACUGUAAAACUCUCUGCAUUGACAUCAAUUGCUGGAAGUGGUCGAAAUUUACAUUUGCUUCUAUCAUAUAACCGGAAUUGUAGAUUUUGAAAUUUACUAUUCCGUCUGAAGAUCCACUAUUCUUUUCUAUUCUUUUAUGUCUCUGAGAACCUGUUCACAGGCGUGUGUCUCUGCAUGACAAUAGAGACCUUAAGAUUGACGUUUACGGCAAACGUCAAACCGCUAGCGAGGUUUUUGAUUUUACAACUCUAUUAUAAUAGCUUUUACACCAGUUUUGUAAUAUGUUAAACUUAUUAAACUUGUGCUCUUUAGCAAUGAUUUAAGAAAGCAAAUUAACCACUAGUCAUGCCAUUCACCAAAGCAGUAAAUUAAGAUUUGGCGUUUGAAGUUGACGUUUGGCGUAUAGAUUUCAUGCUUGAACUGCUACGAGGGCUUGUAAUCGUUAAAGCAUGAAAUUUAUACGCCAAACGUCAACUUCAAACGCCAAAUCUUAAUUUACUGCUUUGGUGAAUGGCAUGACUAGUGGUUAAUUUGCUUUCUUAAAUCAUUACUAAAGAGCACAAGUUUAAUAAGUUUAACAUAUUUCAAAACUGGUGUAAAAGCUAUAAUAAUAGAGUUGUAAAAUAAACAUUUCGCUAGCGGUUUGACGUUUGCCGUAAACGUCGAUCUUAAGGUCUCUAAUUGCGACAAAAGCCGAAAGACCUCUGAAGAUCAGCAAACAAACAUAGCAACACUGUAUUUUAUGCAACAAGAAUCUAUCAAAUGCACGUGCAAAUACUCGACUACAAAAUCAACAGUUGUAACAGUAAAAUUAUCCUCAAUAUUAACGUACAUACUAGUGAUAUUAUAAAUUGAUAACCACAAUUCAGUUUUCUACAGUACUAACGGAAUACAGACAUCACGAAGCUUAGUAGUUUACUAUUCCAGGGCUCAAAAUAACGGGAGCUACAGUAGGUCUCCGGUCAAAAUGACUGGUCAACUUGAUUUUAGCUCGGUCAAAAUCUGUUUUUGACCGGUCAUUGAUACGCUUACACUAACAGUGAAACAAACUUGUUUCGAUACAUCGUAGUUCAUGUUUUCAUUCAAGACGUCAGCAAUCACAUUGGAAGGCAUGAAAAUGUGGCCGGUCAAAAAGUGACCGGUCAAGAGGCACUUUGGCCGGUCAUUGUUCGUUGACCCGCCGUUAUUUUGAGCCCUGCUAUUCCAUCAGGCAUUCUACUAUAUAUGGAAUGACGGAAUAUGCUGAAAUUCAACGACCAAUACAAUAGAUAUGUAGAAGCAUACCCUGUGUAGUAUUUAUAACUAUAUUUACGUGUAUUUUUUACCGUUUUGUGCUUAAAAUUGACAAGAAAAAUGAUCGUGUUGCCGUGACUCAUAUGAUGCGAGUAACCUGAGCAUGCAUUCAGUUUUGGCGUAAUUCCGAAUAGUUCAGGUUGAAACAAUGUUUGGAAAACAAAGGCGAGGGGUUGCUGUAUGCAUGUAUUUCUAGUGGUACUUCUAACAAAUUCCUGGCGCAAAUGUUCUACCGUUUCUCACAUGAAAAAUUUUGCUAUAACUUGAUAACAAGUAAUUUUAGAAAAAAAUACAGACAUUUUAGACCUUUCUAUUACAUGCUCUUUGUACUUCGUUGUUCAUACCUUUGGUGGAUGUUAUUUUGUUUUGCAUGAAAAGUUGAAAACAAAAUUUUCCUGAACAGAGAUUCUGUUAAUACAACACCAUUCUUGGUCUGUAGCGAUUUGUCUCGUCCUUGAGUUGUUUUCAAUUGGCACUUUCGUACGAACCAUUGUCCUCAUUUUGUUACGCUUGGGCAGCACCGAACUCUCCUUGUGGUUGCUCUGCUUACAGUAUGUAACAGCAGCAUCUCUAAUAACAGCAAGUUUUAGAUGCAUCUUGAACAGCUACCGAUUCUAGCCCAACUGCAUGGUGACAGCCGGCGAUCUUAGCAUAGAAUAAGUAUAGGUAACACCACAAAUAGGUAGCACCACUAUAAGUAUAGGUAACACCACAAAGUCAGAGUAACACCACAAAUAUCAUAUUCACCUGAGUACACUACACCAACACAGAAAAAAAAAAGUAUAGGUAAAUUACUUAUCAGUAAUAUACAUGAAAAGAUUAUGCAGUCACAUGCGUGCGUAUAGGUCACAUGCGUAAUAGUUAAUUUGUGCAGGUAAUAGAAAUGGUUUCGAGUGCAAUUUGGAUUUAACAUGCACGAGUGAGUUUUUCAAGGACAUCAAAACUGCAAGAGUCCGAAGGACGAAUGCAAUUUGAAGUCUUUGGAAAACUCACGAGUGUAUGUUUUUCCAAAUUGCACGAGAAACCAUACUAUUACUUAUCAGUAAUAUACAUGAAAAGAUUAUGCAGUCACAUGCGUGCGUAUAGGUCACAUGCGUAAUAGUUAAUUUGUGCAGGUAAUAGCAUGGUUUCGAGUGCAAUUUGGAUUUAACAUGCACGAGUGAGUUUUUCAAGGACCUCAAAAUAGCACGAGUCCGAAGAACGAGUGCUAUUUGAGGUCUUUGAAAAACUCACGAGUGCAUGUUUAUCCAAAUUUCACGAGAAACCAUGCUAUUACUUAUUAAUAAUUUGCAUAAAAAUGUUCGAGGCAAUUGUAGUUUUAACUUACGCGUUUAUAGCGAACAUUCCACUAGCAAAGUUUUCCUGGCUUUGUUAUAUCACAUUAUACAACGCUAACAGCUUGAAAAUUCCACUCAACUAUGUAAUUUUUGUUAGUUUUGUUUAAGGUAAAUGCAUGCUUUUCCAUUUAAAAAUAAAGAUAAAAGCCAUAUUUUCCACGCGAAGGCAACUUUUAGUUUGUGUAGCGGGGCGCCGUGUUUGUUUUGUUUUGAAGCAAUCUGUGACCGUUACUUCUUUAAAGUAAAUUGCUUUAAACUGACUGGUUGAUUUAAUCAUGACAAUGUUUUUCCACCAUGCAAUCAGAUCAGUUUGUUACAGAUUUUUGCACUGUGAUUACAGAAAAUUGCACUGUGAUUACAGAAAAUUGCACUGUGAUUACAGAAAAUUGCACUGCUGUUUGGGAUUAACUGCACUGAAAUCAACCAAUCACAGUCGAGUAAUAUCUUUAUGUAUAUUAUUAUUUAUAAUAUAGCCGUGUUGAUAUAACUCAAUGUCAACACGGAAACAUCGGAAAAUUUCUUUCUUUAUAUUCCUUUGUGCUAUAUUAUAAAGCAAAUAUAAAACUUUUUUACGUAUUGAUAUAUAGUUAUAUCAACAUUCGUGGAAAUUGGGAAAACUCGAAAUUGUGUUCUCGUUUUCCUAAUUCCCACUCGUGUUGAUAUAAUUGUAUAUCAACACGGAAAAUGUUUUAUAUUUGUUAAAUAAAUAAUUUUAAUAGAAAAUCUUAAAAACACCAGCCAUAUUUGUCACUUGUAAAUGUUUGGCUUUUUUGUAUUAUUUUCUGCUAGAAAUGGUUGUAUCUUAUUGUCAAUGAAAUUUGCACCGUAUUUCAUUUUUUGGCACUGUAUUUCGAAAAAAUUCCACUGCUCUUAGCCAAUCAGAAAUUCAGAAUUGAGGAAUUUUUCAUGCAUGUAUAUUAUUAUAUGAGCGUAAUAAGAAUGCGGUGUCUCGUGUAACACAUUGUAUUCAUGCAAUGUUGACAUAACUUUGCACAGAGUCUUGCCCUUACUACUUUUCGUGACCGUUAUGCCAUGGUAAUUGCCUGGUACAGUAUACAGUACUUUGGGUAAUUAUGGAAUAUCGCAUAAUGUUUGAAUUCAUUUCAGGAAGUGCUAUUUCAGAUGUAGAAGCCCAGGAGCACUAUGACAGAUUUUUUGAAGUAAGUCUAGGAACUCCAAGUAUUUGCAUAAUUCUAUUUUCAAAUUUCCAAACAUAGUAAUAUCAACAGUACAGACUAAAGUUUUGCAUGUUUACAGCAUUCAAUUUAACAAACCAUGCACAAAAAAACUGAUUGCCAAUUAAAACUGCGGUAAUUUAGAUUGUAUUUUUAUGGUAUUUAACAAAUGAAGUUCUUUCAUUUGUAGGACGUAUUUCUAGAGCUGGAAAAGGUAUGUGAAUAAAUAAAUGUAGAAUUUGAAUAAUGUGGUACAAUAUAGCCCAGGUAAAAUCCUGUGCAAUAGAGAUUUAAAAUAUCCAGCAGAGUUAGAUUUGACAGAAAGCGGGAUAAUAUGUAGCUUCAAUUUUGACACAAGAUAAUUUCGAUAAGGAUUUUCAAAGUGCUUUUGGAAUUUGUAAACAAGUAAAUUAUAUGACAAUCCAGUAUUGAGAAAGACAAAAUUUCACUUGAGACGUAAGAAAAUUUCCUAUUAAGAUAUCUUAAGAAAUAUCCUGGCAGCAGUGCUGCCGAAUACUCUCAGCUCUGGCUCUUGCGGAAAGUACCUGUACGUUACCUUAGCUAUAGACAGUAUUUUAUGUCGUGACUAAGAAUGGCUUUGCAUUGUAAUUAGUGCAACUCCCAUUGCCGAGGAAAAAGGCACAUUUCGUAGAGCAUUGGACUGGCAAACCAAAGGUCGUGGAUUCGAAUCCCACUGCUCUUGCCGUUUCAAGUGUCGUGCAUGGAGGUCCUUGAAACUCUUGAAAAGUGCUUAUACUGUAUAUUGAACAAUAAAUUUCAAGAGCACUUGGAAAGUCCUUGAAAAAUAAGAAGUUUAUUGAAAGUGCUUGAUAAUCAAUCAUAAAUAUGGAAAUGAGGAAAUGAGAAGUUGAUCAUGCAUAUUAAUCAUUGAAGGAUGAUCAUAUUAAUAUUUUACAGGGUGUCCAAGUCGCUGGGCAAAUCCGUGCCAUUUUCAAAUUUUUUUCCCAGUUCUAGGUCCUUGAAUUUACUGAAAGAGGGCCUUGAAAGUCCUGGAAAAGUCCUUGAAUUUCACCUUCACCAAAGGGUGGACACCCUGAUUUUAUUUUCCAAAAAAAAAUAUUCCAGGACUGGAAAGUCCUUGAAAAUCAGUAGAAGUCCUGGAAUUAAUUUCCUUAACCUCCAUCUGUGCUAACAUUAGUGAUUUUGAUUAAAAUUACUGAAUAAAGUGAAUUAGUUGCUGGGCAAAUCCGUGCCAUUUUCAAAAAAUUUCCCCAGUUCUAGGUCCUUGAAUUUACUGAAAAAGGGCCUUGAAAGUCCUGGACAAGUCCUUGAAUUUCACCUUCACCAAAGGGUGGACAUCCUGAUUUUAUUUUUCCCUUAAUGCUUGUGAAGAUCAGUCUCUGAAUCUAUGAAAACUAUGCUGGACUGUAUGUUAUUGCUUAAUUCCUUAAACAACUUAUGUAUAAACGAUCAUUAUUAGCUUAUCUGUGGAUUAUGUUCAGUUCGCCUGUCAUUAUUACAUGUAAUAAGUUUACAUGAAAAUAUUCAUUUUAAUCUCUUAAUUAAAUAGUGCUUGAAAUUUGAAAAGUCCUUAUAUAUAGUCUUAUUAGAAACUUGCACGCACCAUGAGUUAUGUUAUCUGCUUUAACACAAGAGUUUUCAUUUCACAUUGAACAUUUUUUUUAUAAAUGUGUAAAUGUUUUGUUUUAUUUUUGUUCAAAGUAUGGUGAAAUUGAAGAAAUGAAUGUGUGCGACAAUCUUGGUGAUCAUCUUGUUGGCAAUGUUUACAUUAAAUAUCGUCGUGAAGAAGAUGCCGAGAAAGCAUGCAAGGUGUUGAACACCAGAUGGUAUGAUGGUAUGUACUCAUUGUUCUGUAUUUAUAUGACUUUAAUUAACAACCUAUCCAUUGAAGGAGUUGAUUAUUAUUUCACAUGUUAAAUGUUAAGUUCCACAAGUACUGUACGUCAGGUAUAGAUAUCUGCCUUGCAUGUUUCUUCUCCAGUAAAAUAUUUUGUACCUGGUCCACUUGCAGUUCGUAUUUUAUUAUUUGUGUUUAGGUAAUUAUGUUUUUGCAUCGAUUUGUUUGUUUGUGUGUUUGCUGUCAGCAUGAAGGAUAACCGAAAAACCAUCAAACAGUUUAAUGCAAGCAUUUGUGGAGCUAUUAAUGGCCGUUUGGCCAAGGUCAAAUAUAAUGACAGUUGGAUGAGAAUUUUGUUUUUCCUUUCCUUUCUAUAUUUAUUAACAUUUAUACACAAAUAUAAUUACGCCUUAAAACUAUAGGCAGUCCAAAUAUCUAAGGACGAAAGCGGAAUGUUCUUUCGUCAAAAUCCAACAUCUGAGUUUUUCGAGUUUUCCCAAUUUUAUUUCCACGAGUGUUGAUAUAACUAUAUAUCAAUACGGAAAAAAUGUUUUAUAUUUGUUUUAUAAUAAAGCACAAAGAAAUAUAAAGAAAGAAAUUUUCCAACGUUUCCGUGUUGACAUUGAGUUAUUUCAACACGGCUCUUAGCCAAUCAGCGUUCAGAAUUUACAAAUGCUAUAUUAUAAAUGGGGAUACACAACUUUACAUGCAUGCAUGUAUUGAAGAGUUCACCUACAUUGGGGGCCUGUCAUAGUCGUAUGCAUGAGCGACUGCAUAACGGUAAUUCGCGUGCAUUUGCAACCAAACAGAAAAUAACCGAAACACAACUGUGCGGUUUCCUCUUAGAGUCGUUUAAGUGCAAAAAUAUAUUAGACAGAUAUUUCAAGGCAAAUUGUAAUUGCCAGUUAGUCUACAAAUAGUACACCGGUAUAUGCAGUGACAUUGUCAGUUGUUAGUAUCAACUAUGCAAUCCAAUGGCAGUAUUAUAGCCAGUAGUUGAAAUAUUUCCACUUCCUGAUACAUUGCCCCUAUUCAUAUAAAGAAUAUUGCGGAUUUGCGAUGUGCAUGUAUGAAUUCCCUUGUGACCUGAUUACUGAUCUACAUAACAUCAACUAAUAAACUGUAUACAUGAUGUCAUCAGUCACACUUCAUUCUAUAUCUGAGAAGAGCGCGAGGAACCCAUCUUCUCUUCGACUCUUGCCACGAGAAAUAUUUGCGUAUAUGAGUAUACUGAACUAUUCACCACGAUCGAUCGAGCUAUAAGUUUGAAAGACCCACAUUAACAUGAUGCACAAAAGACAUGCAUGUAUCAACAUUCAAUUUAUUCCAGAUUUAGUUCCAUUCAGUCACAACCAAUAACAACAAGUAUUUUGCCUAAACAUGCAAAUUCAACUAGCGGAGUAGUAUAGUAGGUGGUUUUCAACCCCCUUUUUCAGGGCAGCGCAUCAUUAAAAAUUCAGGGCGGCGCAUCAUUAGCAUAAUCUUCAUAACUCGUCAUAAACUCUAGCACUCUUCCAGGAUUUACUUGUCUGGCAAGCAUAGAAAUUUGCUGUUUAUCUCUUGGUGACUUGAACAACACGAUAUAAUGAGCGUUAAGGCUGAUAUUUCUCAUUUCUUUGCCCUGAUGAAAUAUGUUUUGGACAAUAUAGAUGAUAGACAAAUUUCGAUGAUGGCUUCCUUUGGUAAAAAGAUCAGAAAUGCGUUUAUCUUUACCAGAUUGAGCCAUAAGGUCGUCCAAUCCGAUCAAAUUCCUUUGUGAUACGUCCAAGUAAUCUGCGUUGUCGAUGUCGUCGGGGAUGCCUUGAUUAAACUGGAUUCCAGGCAUCGUUCUCAUAUCAAAAUAAGAUGGUUGCCAUUGACCAUAACACCAGAUGAUACGUUGAGGAGGUGGACUUAUAGUUUUCUGUGAAUUCUCCAAAAGAGUUUUCAACCACACAGUCUUGCCGCUUUGUGUACACCCAGCUACGAUGCACGUGAAAGGAUGUUGCAUGACUGUAACGCCAUUUACCGUAAGAGUUUGUUGCCCAAGAUUACGAUUUCCAUAUGCAUGGACAACCUUCUUGUGGCGAAGGAGAUUACUCGCAUUUGCAAACGUUUUACCGCAGAUGUCGCAUUCAUUACUUCUCAAGAGUCAGAGUAAAAUGAUUUUUGUCUGGCAAGCAUAGAAAUUUGCUGUUUAUCUCUUGGUGACUUGAACAACACGAUAUAAUGAGCGUUAAGGCUGAUAUUUCUCAUUUCUUUGCCCUGAUGAAAUAUGUUUUGGACAAUAUAGAUGAUAGACAAAUUUCGAUGAUGGCUUCCUUUGGUAAAAAGAUCAGAAAUGCGUUUAUCUUUACCAGAUUGAGCCAUAAGGUCGUCCAAUCCGAUCAAAUUCCUUUGUGAUACGUCCAAGUAAUCUGCGUUGUCGAUGUCGUCGGGGAUGCCUUGAUUAAACUGGAUUCCAGGCAUCGUUCUCAUAUCAAAAUAAGAUGGUUGCCAUUGACCAUAACACCAGAUGAUACGUUGAGGAGGUGGACUUAUAGUUUUCUGUGAAUUCUCCAAAAGAGUUUUCAACCACACAGUCUUGCCGCUUUGUGUACACCCAGCUACGAUGCACGUGAAAGGAUGUUGCAUGACUGUAACGCCAUUUACCGUAAGAGUUUGUUGCCCAAGAUUACGAUUUCCAUAUGCAUGGACAACCUUCUUGUGGCGAAGGAGAUUACUCGCAUUUGCAAACGUUUUACCGCAGAUGUCGCAUUCAUUACUUCUCAAGAGUCAGAGUAAAAUGAUUUAAAGCAAGGGUGAAGAGGUAUUUUUAUUCCGUUUGCUAUUGUCGUAACAUUAAGACUAUGGUGAUGAUUAAGACUAUUGUCAUGACUAUUAAGACUAUAGUCAUGACUAUUAAGACUAUGGUGAUGAUUAAGACUAUUGUCAUUUUAAUUUAAUUUUUAAUUUAAUUUUUAAUUUAAUCAAAUUUGAAAUGAACAUUAGAAAAGACUAUUAAGACCAUAGUAAAGAAUAUUAAGACUAUAGUCAUGACUAUUAAGACUAUGGUGAAGACCAUUAAAACUAUAGUCAUGACUAUUAAGACUAUAGUCAUGACUAUUAAGACUAUGGUGAUGAUUAAGACUAUUGUCAUGACUAUUAAGACUAUAGUCAUGACUAUUAAGACUAUGGUGAUGAUUAAGACUAUUGUCAUUUUAAUUUAAUUUUUAAUUUAAUUUUUAAUUUAAUCAAAUUUGAAAUGAACAUUAUAAUAUUUACAAAUUAUGAAUGUCAUUUGCGGUCGGUUUAAAACAGAAUUCAAGAUUCCAUAAUACUUAAACCGCCAAUAGUCGAUAUUAGUUAAAUACUAAAUGAAUUAAGAAACUAUGCAUAUAUAAUAUUACAAGUCUAUGGAAAUACUGAAAAACUAAGUUACAUCACACAAUGCUUUAAAUUUAUCAUAAUAUGUCGAGAUUAAACUACGUCGAAAUACAGAGAGCCUAUCUGACUCUCUUAUUCCAAGUGGUAAAUCAUUCCACAGUCGACAUAUUCGGACGAAAUAACUAUUUUUAAAUGCCUCUGUUCUGCUAAAUGGGACAUUUAAAGUUAAAUAGUCAAUGCCUCUGAGUGGCCUAGUGCAAGAACGAAAGGAUAUGUACUGAAAGGUAUCGAUAUUAUACAUACCCUUAAAACACUUAUAGAAAAAUACAAGAUCACUAAUUUCUCUCCGAUACACAAGAGGAAUAAAAUUCAAUUUAACAAGCCGGUCAUUGUAAUUAAAAUCUCUGCCUACAAUAAACCUGGUGGCUUUUCGUUGAACCUGUUCAAUUGAUAUAAUAUUUAUCUUGGUAUGAGGAGACCAAACAGGACUGGCAUACUCCAAACGUGAUCUAACCCAAGUUAUAAACAAUUCUCUUUUUACGCUAAUAUCACUUAUAUCCUUACAGGCACGGUAUAAAAGAUUUAACAUUUUAUGAGCCUUGGAAGUAAUACAAUCAACAUGGCUAUUCCAGCUUAGAUUAUAUGUUACGAGAACACCGAGAUCUUUUUCGGCAGGAACUCGUUCCAAUUUCUUACCGCCUGAAAAUAAUCUAUAUUAUAUGGUUUCUUAAUACGCGGAAUUCUUAAAACCUUACACUUAGCAUAAUUAAAUUCCAUUCCCCAGGUAUGAGCCCAAUCUAACACAUUAUUCAAAUCAUCCUGCAAUCUAAUACCAUCUUCCUGUCCCAAAAUCAAACGGAAACACUUUGAAUCAUCGGCAAAAAGUGGGAGGCUUGUUUUCUCCGAUAUGCAAUUAGGCAUAUCGUUAAUAUAAAUAAGGAACAACAAAGGCCCCAAAAUUGAUCCCUGUGGCACCCCCGAGGUCACUGGUAAAUAUUCAGAUUGCUCACCAUUAAUUACUACUCUAUGUUUUCUUCCUGUCAAGUAAGAUCUAAACCAAGAUAGUAAAGAUCCCCUAAUACCUAAUGAUUCAAGUUUGUGCAAGAGUUUGACAUGUGGAACUUUAUCAAAGGCUUUUGAAAAAUCUAGAUAUAUAACAUCAAUUUGGCGUUUAUUCUCAAGUGCUUCACCAAAUUGAUGUACUACCUCUAUUAACUGACAAACAGUAGACCUUCCCGGAAGAAACCCAUACUGCCACUUGGAUAGAUAAUGUUCUAUAACACCAAACAUCCCAUUAUACACUUGCCUCUCCAACAACUUAGACAAUAUAUCAAGAAGAGAUAUUCCUCUGUAAUUGGGUACCACUGACCUAGAUUUAUGAAUUGGAACCAAGUCAGUUUCCUUCCACUUAUUGGGAAAAGUGGCAUUUCUCAAUGACAUAUUAAAUAAUUUGCAUAGAAAGGGCGAUAAUUCGUCAGCACAUUCACGCAAUACUUUAGAAGGCAAUCCUAAUGAUGCCUUGUUAAUAUCGAGUAAUUUAAGCUCUCUACAAACAGCAUUGCUAUCAAUCACAAGUUCGGAUAAUUCAUGUUCAACAUUAUAACUAAGCUCAGGUAAUUGUAUUAAAUUGGUAGAGUCAGAAGGAUUGAACACUGAGUGAAAAAAGGCAUUCAAUAAAUUAGCUUGAUCUUUUGACUUAGAUGCCUGAACUAAUCCAUAUGACACUUUUCCAGGAAUUCUGUUAGAUUUGGUAAUUGUUUUGUAAUAAGACCAGAAUUUUUUUGGAUUGGUUUUUAAAGAAUGACCUAAUUCAUCUAAAUAAUUGCGUUUGUUAAAUUUAAUUAGCUUCUUAACAUGAUGCCUAAUAUUUCUAAAUUUUUCCCACUGAUAUGGAGAAUCAAUCAACUUAGCCUUGCGCCUAACUCUAUUCUUCUUCCUGAUCAAAUGCAUUACUUCAGCAUCUAUCCAUGGAGGUCUAUUCGAAUCUCUUAUUAUGAUUUUGGGAACAUAUUCAUCAAUGCAUGUAAGGACUAGGUCCUGCCAGCAGACAAGACUACUUUCAAUAUCGUCUUCAAACAUUGCGGUUUCCCAUGGGAUACAUUGUAAUGCUAAUUUAAGACCUUCUAAAUCCGCCUUUUUAAAAUUGUAAACAUUACGACUAAUUUUUUUUACGCGUUGAACUUUUGUAAGUAUUUCAAAGCUAACUACUGAAUGAUCAGAAGUCACAAGAUCUGCCUCUACUUUAAUGUUGCAAAUGUCAUCGGGAUGAUUACUGAAAACCAGGUCUAAAGUCGACUGCCAUUACUCUUCCUAGUUGGUUCGCAAACUACUUGGGUAAGAAAAUUUAGUUGUAUAAGGUCACAAAAUCUAUUCCCAUUGGCAGAAUUUGUGAUGUUGACGACAGUGUUCCAAUUUAUAUGUGGCAUAUUAAAGUCACCGAUUAUGCAAAUUCUGUUCGAAGCUUCUCGUAAGUUGUUUAAUAGAAUAUCAAAAUGGUCGAAAAACAAAUUGCAAUCAGGAGGCACACACUGUAAAUUUCCUUCGAUUCAAAGGAUAAAGUUCAAACACAAGAAUCUCUGAAUCCGUCGGUUCAAGAUCAAUUCUCCUAUACGAGAGAAUAUCAGCUUUAACGGCGAGUAAAACACCACCCCCUCUGCGGUUAUUAGCUCUAUCCUUCCUAUAGAUUGUAUAGUUAUCGGAGGGCAAUAUUUCCUCGUUAUAAUAAUCUGCUCGUAGCCAUGUCUCAGUUACGCCAAUAAUAUCCAAGUUAUUGCCAUAAACCAGACCGUGAAACUCAUCAAUCUUGUUGCAUGUAGAACGACAAUUAACAAGACUACACUGAAGCUUGUUAUGCAAGGACGUUCCAGAUGAUCGAACACGAGAGACGCUUGCAAAAUCAGGUCGAACCGUUGUAGUUAUAUUAGGGCCAGGAUUAGGAUGGAUAUCCAUGCUCAAUAAUAUAGACUUCUUCAAUGGAUUAAAUGUUGCAGUCGAGUUCGAAUAAUACGCAACUCUUCUCUGUAAAAACUUUUUAUCGUUAGAUGACAUUCGAAGCAACUCCUGGUGAACAGAUAGAACGCCAUGUGCUACACACAAAUCCGAGCUACGAUCAAAUAUAAAUAUAUUCACUAACGUUAGCAGCACUAAAAAUGCCGCUAACGGUCUUCACUAAUAAACGUAAAUGACCAUUGACAUUAAAUUCAGAAUGCUCAUUGAUUAUAAUGAGAAGAACUAGAUAAAAGUAACUCAAAUAGUCACAGCGAUUUUUUACAUGACCGCCCGCCAUCUUGGCAACUCACGCAUCGACUAUUGACUAUAAUAAGACUAUAGUCAUGACUAUUAAGACUAUAGUCAUAACUAUGAAGACUAUAGUAAAGCCUAUGAAGACUAUAGUCAUAACUAUGAAGACUAUAGUCAUAACUAUGAAGACUAUAGUAAAGACUAUGAAGACUAUAGUAAAGAUUAUUAAGACUAUAGUAAAGACUAUUAAGACUAUUGUCAUGACUAUUAAGACUAUUGUCAUGACUAUUAAGACUAUUGAUUCAUAGUCAUGACUAUAGUCUUAAUAGGCAUGACUACAGUCUUAAUAGUCUUUACUAUAGUCUUCAUAGUUAUGACUAUAGUCUUUACUAUAGUCUUCAUAGUUAUGACUAUAGUCUUUAUAGUCAUGACUAUAGUCUUAGUAGUCAUAACAAUAGUCUUAAUAGUCAUCACCAUAGUCUUAAUAGUCAUGACUAUAGUCUUAAUAGUCAUGACUAUAGUCUUAAUGUCUUCACCAUAGUCUUAAUAGUCAUGACUAUAGUCUUAGUAGUCAUGACUAUAGUCUUAAUAGUCUUUACUAUGGUCUUAAUAGUCUUUUCUAUAGUCUUCAUAGUCAUGACUAUAGUCUUAAUAGUCAUGCCUAUAGUCUUAAUAGUCAUGAUAAUAGUCUUAAUAGUCAUCACCACAGUCUUCAUAGUCAUGACAAUAGCCAACGGAAUAAAUAUACCUCUUCACCCUUGCUUUAAAUAAUUUUACUCUGACUCUUGAGAAGUAAACAUGUCUUAUGAAUGCGACAUCUGCGAUAAAACGUUUGCAAAUGCGAGUAAUCUCCUUCGCCACAAGAAGAUUGUCCAUGCAUAUGGAAAUCGUAAUCUUGGGCAACAAACUCUUACGGUGAAUGGAGUUACAGUCAUGCAACAUCCUUUCACGUGCACAAGAAGGUUGUCCAUGCAUAUGGAAAUCGUAAUCUUGGGCAACAAACUCCUACGGUGAAUGGCGUUACAGUCAUGCAACAUCCUUUCACGUGCAUCGUAGCUGGGUGUACACAAAGCGGCAAGACUGUGUGGUUGAAAACUCUUUUGGAGAAUUCACAGAAAACUAUAAGUCCACCUCCUCAACGUAUCAUCUGGUGUUAUGGUCAAUGGCAACCAUCUUAUUUUGAUAUGAUGAGAACGAUGCCUGGAAUCGAGUUUAAUCAAGGCAUCCCCGAAGACAUCGACAACGCAGAUUACUUGGACGUAUCGCAACGGAAUUUGAUCGGAUUGGACGACCUUAUGGCUCAAUCUGGUAAAGAUAAACGUAUUUCUGAUCUUUUUACCAAAGGAAGCCAUCAUCGAAAUUUGUCUAUCAUCUAUAUUGUCCAAAACAUAUUUCAUCAGGGCAAAGAAAUGAGAAAUAUCAGCCUUAACGCUCAUUUAUAUAUUGUGUUGUUCAAGUCACCAAGAGAUAAACAGCAAAUUUCUAUGCUUGCCAGACAAGUAAAUCCUGGAAGAGUGCUAGAGUUGAUGAGGAGUUAUGAAGAUUAUGCUAAUGAUGAUGCGCCGCCCUGAAUUUUUAAUGAUGCGCCGCCCUGAAUUUUUAAUGAUGCGCCGCCCUGCGCUGCCUUUCGCCGCCCUGAAAACCACCUACUAUACUACUUAGCGGCAACCAGUAGAAAUCAGCAAUUUUGCUUAUGCCUACUUAUGAUAAUGAUAUUAAUGAGGCUGUCAACUAAUAAACCACGGAAGUUUCUUUAUAGUAGCAGAUCUAAAUAACAGUUUGGAUGGAAUGUUUAUAUCUAAAGUGUUCCACCAUUCAAUCGCCCUGGACCUAAAUGAUAUAGCAAAAAACGUUGAUCUCUUAAACUUAGGUUUCUCUAGUGCACCUUUCGCACCAGACCUUAUUGCAAACCUUGUGUUAUAUGAAUGCGAUUUUUUUAACGGCUGAAAGCAUUGAUGAAUUCUAAGUUCUAACUGGUUCACCAGAGUUCAUUUUUCUAUUUGCCACAAGCAUGGUCCUAAUAUAUAUUCUGUGCUUCAGCGACAGCCAACCAAUUCCUUGAGGAACAAACGUACGAAAUCUAUGAGCAAUCUUUAAGUAAUAGUUCGCAAUGCGGUUUCCAGCUGAGGUUCAAUCUUCUUCAAUGUUACUCCCAAAAGAGGAACAUUAUCAAGUUGUUGUAGUUUAUCUUUAAAUUCAAUGGUUCGGCAUUUUUGAUUUUCUGACGACUUCCAAUAAGAAUACAUUUUGUUUUCCAGGCAUUCAAGAUUAAAUGAUUUUGUGAGACCCAUUCCUCAAUACUUCGCAUAAUACUUGCAUAAUAUAAUUAUUCUGUAAUAUUUUUUACAUGGAACUGGCUGCAAUAAAGUUUAUGUUAUACAAGACACUGUUUAUCCCCGAGCCGGCGGCGCGAAGCGCCGUGCGAGGGUACUAAUUCCCCCCGGCUAUUUACACCCGGAGAAACGAAAGCAUUAGGGAAGUCUGAAGUUCAUCAAUGAGCGCGGGCGUCGGUCACCAACGAUGGGUGGUCAUCCUCACUGAUCUCAAAAAAUAUGGCGGACUGUCAUUAAAAGCGGACACUGAUUGGUCCAAUUUAAAGUUUGCAUUAUAACGGCUGCAUGACGACAGCGAAAUAGCAAACAUUUGACAUUUCUUGAUUUGAUGAGUUGAUGAUUGACAAAUUUCUUGCAAAUAUUCUUCAUUUUUGCUCGUAUUUCUGCAAGAUUUUGUAAAUUUCAAGAAAGAAAGGGCGAAAGAAUCAGCUAAAAGAAGGGAGCCGACGUUAACAAAGGUAAGUUUGUUUUAAAUAUUGAUUUUAUAAUGGCUUUAAAACCCGACGGCCUUUGCGUAUAUGAAACAACUAAACAAGACAGCAUAUAAUUUCAGUGUAUCUUUAAUAUUGAUUCCCUUUUUUAUUAUAUUGAAUUUUUUAAAUAAAAAUAAAGCAAAGUUAUUUGCAAGCGAGAAUUUGAAAUCAUUUUAUUGCAAAACUCAAAGUUUAUCGAUAAAGCCAUUUAAUAGUUAAAGGCAGUUUAGUUUUAUAAAGAACACUUUAAAACGUUUUGUGAAUUGUUUGUGGUUGAAUUUUACCUUAAAUUGAAGCUUGUAUUACGUAUAAUUACAUACCUAACAUAAAUAUGUUGGGAAAUUGAUAAUUUUGUAAUUAAAAUUGAUAUUUUUAGGCGAUUUUUCAUUUGUAUUAAGAAUAUUCUUAAAAAAUUAUCGUGUUACCAUGACAACUACUUCAGAUACUUCAUGUUCGUAAAAUACAACGGUUUUGUCAGCAAUGCGAGGGUUUCUGCAUGCAUGUAUUUUCUAGUUGUUAACUUUCAAUUCCAGUAAUCUCACAAACCCGAUUAUCUACACCUACUGUAUAUACUUACAAAUUUCGGAUACGGAGUAACUUUAGUCUAUAUUUUUAUUUAGGCCAGGCAAUAUAUUCCGAGCUUUCUCCUGUAACUGAUUUCAGAGAAGCCUGUUGCAGACAGUAUGAAAUGGGGUAGGUUUAUGUUAAUGGCACUUCGGUCCCGUAGUCAUCAGGUCAAAGGCCUUUCAUCUUUGAGAUCAUGCAUGGGCUCGAUUCUCGCUACGUCUGUCGUGUUAUUGAUUUUUCGGUCAGUCGAUGUAUCAGUUGGUGCGAAUGGUUAACUAGGUAUGCUUUGCAUGCUGAAUUUAUAUAUUUUGUUUUAUAUUGUAGAGAGUGUACGCGUGGUGGAUUUUGUAAUUUCAUGCAUAUGAGGCCCAUAUCGCGUGAGCUUAGGUAAGUAAUCUGUUUUAUUAUAUGGCAAGCAUUUGUUUUGAUGAAUCGCGCAAUUUGAUUGGCUGCUGACGAGGCAGGAUUUUCCCGUAUUGCCCACGGGCAAUACGCAAUUUUUAUUGCCCUGUGACGAGAGCCGAGUUUCAAACGGCAAAAAGUGUCUAAAAGUUUUUCAAACUAUUCAAAACGAAGAAAAAUAAACCUAAAAUAAAGAAAAGAAGCAACUCCUGUGGUUAGAGAACUUUCUCAAUACGUUUUUGUUAGCGAAAGUCGAAAUUACAAGAUAAAUUUUACAAUGUUUAUAACUAUAUUAAAGCAGUCAGGAAUAGUUGUGUUUUGACUAUGUAAAGAACUGCAAGCAAAUUUUAUUUGCAGAUAGCCAGGAGGAAUUUGACACCAUCCUAAAUAAAAAAUACAACUAAAGCAGCCACAGAUUUAUAAUUUUUUCCCUGAAAAUUUAUGUUUUUGUCAGAUAAAAAGAGACGUAAAUAUGAGAUGAGGCGAACUAAAAACAUACUUGUCCAUACUGUUUAUUAAUUUUAUUGUUUUCAUAUUUGUUUAAUUGUCUUUGAUGAAAUGACGAAAUACCUCGUAUUUUUCUUGGAAUACUAUCCAAACUAUGUUAGUAUUCUAUAUAAAAAGUGCUGUAGUGUAUAGAGUAGUUUUACUAACCAAGAGAACAUUUUUUACAAUUGUUUUUUUUUUUUGCAAAUGUUUCGGACUUUGUACUUUGCCCUCGCGUGAUCUUUUUUCCCAUUUUUUACAAACGUACAAUGCCAUAUACUAAAAAAACUUACUGACCUCAACCGUUCGGGCAGUACGGAAAAAUAUCCAACCUCGGUCUUGCUGUAUUGACCUCGCUAUCGCUCUGUCAAUACAGCAAGACCUCGGUUGAAUAUUUUCGCGUACUGCCCUCACUCUCGGUUAGUAAGUUAUUAGUAUUUCUACUCCUUAUUGAAUGAAAGUGAAUUCAAAUUAAAUUUGAGAGAAUCGUUGCUACCCAAUUCACAACAUUAGAUAGCUCGCAUGCCUUGUUACUGUUGGUCUAGUUUAGAGAAACAUGGAAUAGAGCAAAUGUAACUAAGCAUUAGAAUUAUGUAUAAGAGUUAUUCAUAAUACUGAAUUACCUUUGUUCUGUUCUAUGCUUCUGUAAACUGGAACAAUAGUAACUAGGCAUGUGAGUUAUCUAGUGCUGUGGAGGCUAUUCUUCCUUUUUCUUCCUUAAAAAUGCUGGACCUUGACGCCAGAUUUUCAGUUUUUGUUCGUCCGUUGGUUUGGUGCCUCGAGAAGCAUAAUCUGCUGGGAUUAAUCUAUUGGAUUUUACAUAGUUUCAUCGAGAUGGUUCUGAUCCUCCUCCGAUGAUUGCAACACUGUUCGCGACGAAUUUCCUGAAUCUUUUCUUCUCUUUGUGAAUACAGCUUAGAACAUUAUAAGAAAUAGGUUUCAUCCAUACGUAGUCUUCCAUCCAAUUCCUUCUUGAUGAGCUCAUUCAUCGUAACGGCUAAAAUUGCAGCUGCUUGCUGCAACUUCGGUAUGGUGAUUCCUGCUCUUAGAGGCUUAAGUCUGGACUUGCUCAGCACAAGGCUACAAUGAAUUUGUCCCUUGUCAUUAAUAAAACGUAGGUAACAAAACCAUACCAUAAUCAUUAUUCUCAGAGACAUCCGAGAAAUGGUGGAUCUCUAUCUGAACAAUAUUGCCAAACUGAGGUUUGAAGCAACGUGGGAUUCCAUGAUUCUCCACAACAGCUAAAGAAGUUUUCCACUCUUCCCAUCUGAGUGCCAGCUCGGCUGGAAGCUCGUCAUCCCAGGAAUACUUCAAUUUGCAAAGUUUCUGAUUGAUUUCUUUGCCUGGUAAUACUAAUGGAUCGUAGAUAGAGGCAAUCGAGGAACGGGGACUCCCUUUCGAUUUCCAAGAUACUGCUUUUUAUUACUCACUAACUUUAACUCAUCUUCUUGUCACUAACUUUAAAGUCGUUAACUUUAACACAUCGUGAACUCCUAUAGCUUUAUCCGUCGAAGUCCAUAUCUAAAUCUUUGACAGUUGGCGAACGUUAAUUGUGUUGAAACGCUAACACUACCUUUUGACCGUCCGAGAUCCAUUUGGUCAAGUGGAAGCCGCCUUUUUCACGAAGUUGCUGCAGUUUUUUUCGUAAUGCACGGCAAUAGCACGAAGAAUUAACAUUAGCGAAGCUUCAAAUGACUAUGCCAGUAACACCACGUUACUGAGAAGAUCAUACUUUACUGUAUUCCCAUGUUGGACACGGUUGACAAAACAAGUGCCAAGAUUACUCAGUGUCCUUUGCGCAUCUACUAAGCGCCUAAAGAAUCCAUUAAAAGAGGAUGUGUCGGCUUUCUUUAGUUGCAUCUGCGUCAAUCUUCUGACAUAUGCUUCUGCCACCGUAUAAGGUUGACCGACUUGCUGUUUGAUAGUUCUCCAAGCUGCAUCAUAUCUCGUAGGAACAGGAAGGUUCACACAGCUUCUGGUAGCUUCUUUGGCUUUCCCUAAACAUUAUUGCGCCAGCAAUCUUGUAAAUCUGUGGGAAUCAUUAUGAACUUGACUUCGAAAUUAUCUUCCAGAUUAGUGACGAACGCGAAAAUUCUAGUGGAUCACCAGCGGAGAUAAUUUAGGUCGAUCCUCGGUAAUGUUGGCCCCUGCCUGAUAACAUCCGCGAUCAUCAUGCACCCAUGUCAUCGCGCUGUGGAUAUCGCACUUGUCGACCAUUAAACUCAGCAGCUUCCACAUGCAAUCGUGAAAUUGAUGCUGGUUGGCUCCUCAUUGGAACACGUGGAUGCUGGCUUCGUACUGGGAUGUGUGGGUACGGGCUUCUCACUGUAACAUUUGGAACACCUGAAGUUAAUCUAAAUUCACGACCACGACAGCUUUUCUGUAAACUUAUCGUGACUAAAUAAAUGCUUAUUAUUAUUAUGGCAGGGUGCGAUGAUUCAAGAAUUUUACCUGACUGGUACUGUAUGUCAAUAUAGAGGUUAAGAUUCACGUUUAUGGCUGACCGGUAACCGCAAACGGCAAACUUCAAGCCGUAUUUUGAGGUCAACUGUUAGCUGUUCGAAGUUAGGAUAAUUUGUGCAUUUAAAUUGAAGAAUGAAUUGACUAAAAACCUGUCGAAACCUUCGGCGCGCACGUGAACUAGUACAAACUCAAUACUCAAAGUAUACCUACUGAUAUACUCUUCCAAAUAAAGUACAAGUUUCUGAAAGGUAUUCAAACUACGAGUUAGAAGAAGAAGCACAAUUGCACACACAAACAAUCGGCCCCAACAUUCCUUAUAUCAUACACAUAUACCAACUAAGUUACGGUAUUGGAUACCUUGAGAUGGGAAAGGUCAUAUGGUACCAGCAAAAAGUAAGAAGUACUGUACGCAGAUAGCAAAAGUACCGCCUACGUGGUACGUGGCUGAAAACAAGGGAGUACCAGAACAUAAUAUUGGCGUACCUUCGGUGGGCAAGUACGCGAAAUAUCGCACCCUGAAUUGGCUGACUGGAACACCAAUCGGGUUAUGUGGAAAGGGAUUCAUUGUUGGAACACCUGGACCACAAACUGGAACUUGCGGAGAGGGAUAGCAGACUCCAUGGAACACAAACGUUAUCCAAAUUUGUUUACUCAGCAGUUUUAAAAUGCAGGUCAUGAGCAAUCUAAUUAUUGUGCACGUUUAUCUGCUUCACAAAGCUUCUUCGCAAAGCUUUUCAUCCGUGACCCAAAUCAGCACUAAAGUAAAAAUAACAACAGUAUCUCUGUAUAUGUAUAGUAUGCAUUGACGAUAAUCUGGAUUGAGAACUUACUGUAGCUCUUCAAGACAUCUUGUCAGCAAUGCCCGUCGAUUGUUGGUAUUGUGACACAUUCACACAUUUUUCAUGGCCAGAAAUACGAUUUUAAAAAUAUGUUUGUAUAAUUUUUGUAGACGCGAACUUUAUGGUCGAGUGCGAAGAAACAAAAGGUGAGACAAUGUAAAAUAUUUCCAGAGGUUGAGAUUUCAAUCUUUGAUGGUGGAUAUGAGUGUAGGAAUACUAUACAUAUAAAAUUUUGCUAUAAUCUAGUCGAGGUCGAUUGCGAACAAAAUUAUAUAAAGUUCCCCAAACAACCAAACAAUGAUAUAACAUUUGUCAACACGGACGUUAGAUUGCCGAGGGGGGACUGGAUUAAAAACUGGGUUAGUGUCAGUUCGUGGUAAUCUUCAACACGUAUGACAAAACAUAAGAUUUUUAAAGUUUUCACUUCCAUACACCAGCGCUAGGAUGCAAAAUGCCGCCAAAAUUAGUUAAAACCAAUUUUCGGGUGACGUCCGUGUUGUAGGAAUGUUCGGUAUGAGAAAUUUCCGAUAUCGGUAUACCGAAAAAAUUAUAUACCAAUAUUAUCGCUAUACCGGUUUUCCUUUGAUAAUUAUAAAGGAAAAUUCUUUAAUGGAAAUUUGAAGGAAAUUUUGAGUAAUUCUAAAAGGGAAAACGAUAAUUUCGAAGCUGUUUCGAACAUGCUUCGAACGACGUUCACGUACUCAGUGGAAAUUCUAAAUCAUUGCAGUAGAAAGUUCUUUGAAUUGCCAUUCAGUAGUAAAAUAAAGGUUACGGUUUCGCCAUAUAGUUGGUAAAUUUAACACGAUAUGCCAAAAAAUUCCGGGAUAUUGGAAAUUUCGGUAUAUCGGUAUGGUUGAAUAUCCGGUAUCGAUAUACCGAUAUUGAUUUAAUACCGAUAUUUUCGGUAUGUCGGUAUACCGAACAGUCCUACCGUGUUGACAAAAACGUCACUUGCUUAAGCUCACUAAGGGCCUGUUCAUAUGAUCCCGCUUACCGGGACGUCUCGCUUACCGAUGAUCUCGCCGCCUAUCUAUUUUCCUAUAAAAUUUUGCAUUGUGUUCAUAUGGGAAAGCGAGCUGGCCCGCUUGCCGAGAUCUCGUUUGAAUUUGCCGAGAUCAUAGGUAGGCGGGAUGAAAAUUUUUCCAUAUGAACACGCCAGCCCGCUUACCGGGAUGAAGUGAAACAAGUCUUGCCGGUUUAAUUUAACACUUUUUACUUGGUUUUAUGUUUGUUUUGUAAACAAGUAUUAAAUAACCACCUGAAGCAAUACUUUUUCUUGUAAAUAAACGAAGAAAAACACUAAAAUCGCCAAGUAUUUGUGUUGCUUGACUGAAAUGUAGAAGUUUUGCAUACGCUAAUUAUAGAACUACAAUGUAAUUUCAUCUCGGCAAGCGGGACGAAAUACUCCAUAUGAACGCACGGAAAUAUUCGUCUCGGUAAGCGAGACGUCCCGGUAAGCGGGAUCAUAUGAACAGGCCCUAAUAUUAUAGUGGAACAGAAGAGGCAGCAUUCAUAGUCAGAAACCGAAGCAAAGAUACUACACUAUAAUAGUAUAUUUUUUAUGAAUAUUUGUUUUUUAUAUCACUAUUAUAUGAUGUAUUUCUUGUAUAUUUCUAGGCCUGUUUAUCGUUCUCCAUCUCCUCCGUACAAGCGUCGUUCUACAUCUCCUCCAUACAAGCGUCGUUCCAAUUCUCGUUCCCCACCACCUAGAAGAAAAUCCAGAUCUCGCUCCCCUCGUCGUUAGAACUGACAUGGGACAUUUCCAAACUGCAUGAUGUUUAUUCUGGACCAACAACUUUCAUUUAGAUUCGUGACUGUUAUAAGUGUAUUGUAUAAUGGUAACCCGGUUCUUGCUUCCUAAAAACGUUUUUAGCUUUUAGUUACUGUGUGUGCUUAGCUUGUAGUGUUCCAUGACCAGUGCAUUAUUCGCUGAAGCGUAAUACGAUUUGCUUUUCAAACACGU